AGGGCAGCUACGUCACUUCCUGUUUAAACAUGGCCGCGCACUGACAAAUGUCACAUUACUUUGGGAAACACACACUUUACUAACCUCUGAUAUAUCACCUGUCCGGAUACAACAAAGACCACACCUGGCAGGAUUUAGAGGAUUGAGCUCUACUUCGUUCAGGAUAAUCCAGCCAGCAUCAUGGUUCAUUUAUCUUCACUCCUGCUAAAGAAGUACCAUGGAGGUUACGUUGUCAUCCGAUUGGCUCUUGCAGGCCACAAACAAGCUAACAGACCCUUUUAUCGCAUUGUGGCAGCUUACAACAAAAGGGCAAGAGAUGGUAAAUAUAUAGAGCAGCUGGGUAGCUACGACCCCCUCCCGAACAUCUACAAUGAGAAACUUGUAAGCUUCAACUUUGACCGAAUCAAGUACUGGAUCGGCUGUGGCGCUCACCCAUCGAAGCCAGUUGCUAAACUUCUAGGGUUGGCAGGAUUUUUCCCUCUGCACCCCAUGACGAUAACAGAGGCAGAGCGUCAAAGAGCCCAAACGGUGCUAACAGAAACAGCAACAGGAAAAGAGGAUGGUCUAGAGGAAGGACAGAAAGAGGCUGAAGUGUGAGAAUUACUGAAAAACUGGGGACUGUGUGUGACUGACCAGAACAAAACCAUGUCACAGUUAUUUGGAGAAAGAACCAAUUGAUUUGUUUUCUAACUUGUUGGGUCACCUGCUUGUAGCAGUGCCAGAUAUGUCAUACUGUAGUUCUAGCUGCUUUAAGUAGCAACUGUGGACAAUUCGUAUUAAAACUGAUUCUUCAUAUAAUUCAAUAGCUUCAUGUUAUUGUUGUUUUUGAGAAUGGAGUGCCGUAACAGGCAGUUGUUUGUAUUCUCUUUUUAUUUGACUUUAAUAAAGUAUUUAAAUAUUA